UAAAACAAAACAAAACACUCCAAUCCGUUAAUAAAUCAAACACAACAACGACUCACACACUCGCAGCAGAUUUGGAGCACAACGCAAAGAGAGGAAACCGGCGCCAUUUCGGAUCCUCCGCAGGAGAUUACAAAUGAAAACACAACGCCAGGAGGAGCCAAAAUGGCGAACCCUGUCAUCCAGUUUCAAAACCUCCGCUUCUCAAGGCGAUCCCGCCCUUGAGUCGACAGCCAAUCAGUCUCGCAAGAUGGGUUGAGUUGAGUUUCUGCAGCCAAUGAUACGUGACGAUUACAGCCAGGCACGCCUACUACUGGUGACGCGCUCAUUUCGCUUCAGAAAUUGAAACGAUUUCUUUGUUUAUAUUAGGGCUGGCAGAAGAGUGGAGUUGUUUUUGGGUUUACAGUAUUUUAGCCCCUGCUGUUUGAAAGAUUAUGUUCGGUUAAAAUGUUUCCGAAUGAUUUAUACAUUUUGUGUUCGUUUAUUACCUGCACUUAGUUCUAAAACAGAGUCCCUUUUCUGUUUUAUUUAAAAACCCAGACUGGACCGGGAAAGUUACUCCUUGCAAAAGUCAAACGAGUCUGUUUGUUUUCAUUCUUUAUCACACUAGAAGUGCUGAUUUUAUGUGCAUGUUAAUUCUCCAGUAAAUAAAUACUAAAUUAAAACCAAACUGAAACCAGUGAAGAUGGACGUCAGCGUCUCCGUGUCGUUCUUUCAAGACGAGCUCGCCUCUACCAUCGAGCACGCAGUGAAAGCGGCUGUAGACACCGUCUUGUGCCAAAUCACAAAAGUUGUCGGCGGCAAAUUCACUGAAUUCCGAAUGGAAAUGGCUGGAAAGGAGAAAGAGAAUGAAAGUCUGAAGCUGAGAUUGGAAAUAUCAGAGAGCGAGUUGAAAGCAGUGCGGGAAUGCAUGAACGCUGCAGAUGCAGACAUUAAACAACCUCUCAGAAACAUGAACCCCGACUGCAAUGAACAAGACUUUCAGAGGAACGAGAUCCAGGGAUUAUUUCAAGAUCCCAAAGAGAGCCGUGCAAUGCCUAAAUCUGAAGCACAGGAGGGUCCAAGGAUAAAAGCAGUUUACACACUACAGGAGUCAUUUAACCAGGAGUGGUGUUCAAGUCUAAAGCAGGGUACAGAGCUGACAUGUGUUAAAGAUGAAGAGGUCCCUCGACUGGAAUGUGUUCCUAUUAAAGAGGAAUUCAUAGAACAGGAAUGUGUCCCCAUCGCAGAGGAAGUUCCUGCUGAAAAUAAUGUCUGUACACUUGAGGAGAACAAGCAGCUGGGAUCCAGCCUGUGUGAUGAUUGUCCACCUGAAUGUGAACUGGGAUUUAGAGCUGCUAAAGGAAAUCUCACAAGAGGGACUCCAUUUCCCUGUGAUGAUUGUGGGAAGAGUUUCAGUUAUUUAUCAAACCUUAAAAGACACCAGCGCAUUCACACAGGAGAGAAACCUCAUCACUGCACUGAGUGUGGGAGGAGUUUCACACUGUUACAAAAUCUUAAAAUCCACCAGCGCAUUCACACAGGAGAGAAACCUUAUCACUGCACUGAGUGUGGGAAGAGAUUCACGCAGUUACAAAAUCUGAAAACACACCAGCGUGUUCACACAGGAGUGAAACCUUAUCACUGCACUGAGUGUGGGAAGAGAUUCACGCAGUUCGGAAAUCUUCAAUCACACCAGUGCAGUCACACAGGAGAGAAGCCUUAUCACUGCACUGAGUGUGGGAGGAGAUUCACAUAUUUAAGUUCCUUGAAAAUCCACCAGCGGACUCACAAAGAGAGAAAUCUUCUCAAUGCAGUGAAUGUCUGAAGAGUUUCAGUCACUUAAAAGACACGAUAAAACUCACAGGUGAGUUCAGUCAGUUGCUGGGUCUUGAAGGACACAAGAGAAUUCACAGAUCUUCAGCCACUUGAGGAUACGUAAACACCAGGACUAAACUGAACUAAAAUACAUAAAUAUUUACUGAAAACAAAAGAAUAAACUUGCUUGAUAAAUAGUCUGACUCCUAAUCAUUUCAGAUAAAAAAUGUACACUCACGGGUGGAACAUAUGAACUACAUCUUGUUUGGACCAUUCAUCAUCUUGUAGAUCAUUCUGAUUUUGUUAUGUCACAUUAGUAAUCUAUGAAACAGAUUGUAGUGUGGAGUAGUGGUUAGGGCUUUGGACUCUUGACCGGAGAGUUGUGGGUUCAAUCCCAGGUGGAGGACACUGCUGGUGUACCCUUGAGCAAGGUACUUUACCUAGAUUGCUCCAGUAAAAACCCAACUGUAUAAAUGGGUAAUUGUAUGUAAAAUAAUGUGAUAUCUGUAUAAUGUGAAAUAAUGUAUAAUGUGAUAUCUUGUAACAAUUGUAAUUCGCCCUGGAUAAGGGCGUCUGCUAAGAAAUAAAUAAUAAUAAUAAUAAUAAUAGUAUGCUUUGCAGUUAUCCGUUGUCGAUGUUGAAUCCUCAAAAAAGUCAAGCAGGUUAGUUAGACACGAUCUCCCUUUCCUAAAACCAUGCUGACUGCCUCCCAGGAUAUUGUUACCAUAUAGGUAAUUUUCCAUUUUGGAUCUUACUAUAGUUUCCAUGAGUUUACAUAUAAUAGUAGUCAGGCUUAUUGGUCUGUAGUUACCUGGUUUGGUUUUGUCUCCCUUUUUGUGGAUCGGUAUUACGUUUGCAAUUUUCCAGUCUGUCGGUACAA